AUGCGUUACUCCACCAUAUCUGCGGCCAUUCUGGCCAUGGCCUCGUCGGUCAUGGCGCAGACGGCCGACUUCGCUGCCAUGUACACCCCAACCCAGAACCAACAGGUCGCUGCCGGCUCGGUGCUCGACAUCACCUGGCAGACAUCGACGGUCUACACUGGACCCGUCACUAUCCAGCUCCUCCAAGGAGCUACCCCAAGCACCCUCGAGCUCGGCCUCGUCGUCGCUGCUUCUAUCGACCAAGCCCUUGGCAAGUUCUCCUGGACUGUGCCCACGGACUUGCAAUCGUUCGCAACCUACGGAUUCAAGAUCACCCUUGAUUCCACCGCUUCGCUCCCUGAGCCAACCUUCCAAUUUUCCUUCCCUUUCCACAUCACCGGACUUGCGGCCGCCGCAGCUUCCUCGUCCUCUUCGCCUCCCUCUGCUCCCGCUGCUACUCCGGUUCCCGCUGUUACUCCGGCUCAUGAGGGCUACGUCGCCGUUCCCCCACCUGCUGUCACUCCGGCUCAUGAGGGUUACGCCGCCGUUCCCCCACCUGCUGCCACUCCGGCUCCUGAGGGUUACGCCGCCGUUCCCCCACCUGCUGCCGUCCCAGACGUUCCCGUCUACCCAGCCCCUGGUGUCCCAGCUGCGCCAGUCAACCCACCUGCCGCCUACCCAGCACCUCCCGUCCACCCUGCCCCAGCUGCCUACCCUGUUGCCAACACCACUGUUGUCUACAUGCCGACCGGCACCGGCGUUCCCCCAAUGUCCUCAUACACUCCUGCCACCGUCACCGGAAACGCUGGUGUCAACGUGGUCAGCUGUUUCGCCAUCCUUGCUGGUCUGGCUGUCGCCCUCACCAUCUAA